CUCGAAGGAAUUGGCGUCUCCCCAAGGUUUGAGACUCUCGGAGAGCUCUGUACAGAAAACCUCAGCUGGAAAGUAGAGAGAGAGAGGGAGCAGACUGGGAGAAAAAUGGUGAAAGUUCGGAUGAACACGGCCGAUGUGGCCGCCGAGGUCAAAUGCUUGCGGCGUCUGAUCGGGAUGCGUUGUUCCAACGUUUACGAUCUCUCUCCCAAGACUUAUGUUUUCAAGCUUAUGAAUAGUAGUGGGAUUACUGAAUCUGGGGAGAGCGAGAAGGUCUUAUUGUUGAUGGAAAGUGGCGUCAGAUUGCAUACAACUGCUUAUGUUCGGGACAAAAGCAAUACUCCUUCUGGAUUUACUCUCAAGUUGAGGAAGCACAUCCGUACAAGGAGGCUUGAGGAUGUGCGGCAGCUUGGAUAUGAUCGGAUAAUACUCUUUCAAUUUGGACUGGGUGCUAAUGCACAUUAUGUUAUACUGGAGUUAUAUGCCCAAGGAAAUAUUCUCCUCACAGAUUCUGAGUUCAUGGUCAUGACUCUGCUCCGAUCACACAGGGAUGAUGAUAAAGGAUUUGCAAUCAUGUCGCGACACCAUUAUCCCGUUGAAAUUUGUCGAGUUUUUGACCGAACUACCAUUUCAAAGUUGCAGGCAGCAUUUACAUCUGCGAAAGAAGUAGAUAACAGUGACAAUACAGGAAGAAAUAAUGGUGAGAAAAAUGUUCCAAGCUCACCUAAAGGAAAUCAGGGUAGUCAAAAAAGUGGGAAGCUAGCAGAGUCUAAUAAAACAUCAACUGAUGGUCAGCGUUCCAAGCAAGCCACAUUGAAAGUGUUUCUUGGAGAGGCAUUGGGUUAUGGACCUCAACUUUCUGAACAUAUUAUUCUAGAUGCUGGUCUGGUUCCAAAUAUGAAAGUUGGCAAGGAUUUCAAAUUGGAUGAUAGUAAAAUUGAUGUUUUGGCCCAAGCUGUGGAAAAGUUUGAGAACUGGUUAGAAGACAUCAUAUCUGGUGAUAGAAUUCCAGAAGGCUACAUCUUUAUGCAACAAAGGAAUUUGGGAAAGGACCACACUGCAUCUGAAUCAGGAAAUUAUAAUAAGAUCUAUGACGAGUUCUGCCCUUUAUUAUUGAACCAAUUCAAGUCAAGGGAUUCUAUUAAAUUUGAGACAUUUGAUGCGGCUUUGGAUGAGUUCUACAGUAAAAUUGAGAGUCAGCGGUCUGAACAACAGCAGAAAACAAAAGAGGGCUCUGCAAUGCAGAAACUUAACAAAAUUCGUCUGGAUCAGGAAAACCGUGUUCAUACACUAAAGAGAGAAGCUGAUCAUUGUAUUAAAAUGGCAGAGCUGAUAGAAUAUAACUUAGAAGAUGUUGAUGCUGCUAUCUUGGCUGUCCGUGUAGCGCUUGCUAAUGGUAUGAGUUGGGAAGAUCUAGCUCGCAUGGUAAAAGAGGAAAAGAAAUCUGGAAAUCCUGUGGCUGCCCUCAUUGACAAGCUCUAUCUAGAACGAAAUUGCAUGACACUGCUUUUGAGCAAUAAUCUUGAUGAAAUGGAUGAUGAUGAGAAGACACAACCUGUGGAAAAGGUAGAAGUUGAUCUGGCACUCUCAGCCCAUGCUAACGCCCGGAGAUGGUAUGAACAGAAGAAAAGACAGGAAAGCAAACAAGAGAAAACUGUUACUGCUCAUGAAAAAGCCUUUAAAGCUGCAGAAAAAAAGACCCGUCUCCAGAUUUCACAGGAGAAAACUGUUGCUGCAAUUUCACAUAUGCGCAAAGUUCAUUGGUUUGAGAAAUUUAAUUGGUUCAUCAGCAGUGAAAAUUAUUUGGUUAUCAGUGGGCGUGAUGCUCAACAGAAUGAGAUGAUAGUUAAACGUUAUAUGUCAAAAGGAGAUUUGUAUGUCCAUGCGGAUCUCCAUGGAGCAUCUAGCACUGUUAUCAAGAAUCACAAGCCUGAAUUACCUGUGCCUCCUCUCACCUUGAAUCAAGCAGGAUGCUUCACUGUUUGCCACAGCCAGGCAUGGGAUUCAAAGAUUGUCACUAGCGCUUGGUGGGUAUAUCCUCACCAGGUGAGCAAAACUGCCCCUACUGGAGAGUAUCUUACAGUAGGAAGUUUCAUGAUCCGGGGGAAAAAGAACUUUCUUCCUCCACACCCUCUUAUUAUGGGCUUUGGUAUACUGUUUCGUUUGGAUGAGAGUUCCUUGGGAUCUCAUUUGAAUGAAAGGAGGGUAAGAGGUGAGGAGGAAGGGAAAAAUGAAAUCGAAGAAAGUGGACCUUUUAAAGAAAUAUCUGAUUCUGGUUCAGAGCAGGAAGUCUUCGAUAAACAUACAUUGCAGUUGGAAAGCGUCAGUAAUUCAUCAGCUGACUGUAGUAAAUUGAUAUCAGGAGGCUUAUCAUCUGAGGAUGGUUUUGGUAAUGGCUUGAGUUCUGACAUUAAAGCUAUAAUCCCAGAUGAAGUUCCUGUUGAAGAGAAGGCCAGCUUGAAUGGCUUGGGUAGCAAGAAGGAAACUAAAAUUGCUGGAGAAAGUGUUGCUUCUAUGUCCCCACAAUUUGAGGAUCUCCUUGAUAGAGCUCUGGAGCUUGGGGCUACUGGUCCACCUGGUAAAGAUUAUAGUCUUCAUUCUUCUCAAGCAGAAUUGGCAGAGGAGCAUAACCAUCUAGAGAAAAUGACAACAGCAAGGGAGAAACCUUACAUCUCAAAAGCAGAAAGAAGAAAGAUCAAGAAAGGUCAGAAAAAUAGUACCACAGAAGCAACUGUUGAGCAUGAAAAAGAUGAGGUAGAUGACAGCAGUAGUAUGACGAGCCAGCUUGACAAAAAUGUACAGCAUUUGAAGGCAGGUGGUGAUGGAAAAAUCAGCCGUGGACAGAAGAGUAAACUCAAGAAGAUGAAGGAGAAGUAUGCCAAUCAAGAUGAGGAAGAAAGGAGAAUUCGCAUGGCUUUACUGGGUUCUGCAGGAACAAUACAAAAGAAUGAUAAGAACUCGCAGGACGAAAAAGAAAACAUAGGAAAAAGCAUGAAACCAACUAUAGGUACGGGAGAUGCUCUGAAAAUAUGUUAUAAAUGUAAAAAGGCAGGUCACCUAUCUCGGGAUUGUCAAGAACAUUCUGACGAAGCAUUGCAUGGUCAUGUAAAUGAGACACAGGAAGAUGAUUCCCGCCUGAGUUUGAGUAACAAUGCUAGUGAGAUUGACAAGAUAGCAAUGGAAGAAGACGACAAGAUAGCCAUGGAAGAAGACGACGUUCAUGAGAUAGGUGAAGAGGAGAAAGGAAAAUUAAAUGAUGUGGAUUACUUGACUGGUAUUCCACUGCCUAACGAUAUUCUCUUGUAUGCUGUGCCUGUCUGUGGCCCUUACAAUGCCCUGCAGUCUUACAAAUACCAUGUCAAAAUUAUUCCUGGAACUGCUAAGAAAGGAAAAGCUGCAAAAAUGGCCAUGAACUUGUUCAGCCACGUGGCAGAAGCGACAAGCCGAGAAAAGGAGUUGAUGAAAGCAUGCACAGAUCCUGAGUUGGUGGCUGCAAUUAUUGGAAAUGUGAAAGUCACAGCUGCAGGGCUUACUCAGUUGAAGCAAAAGCAGAAGAAGGGGAAGAAGACCAACAAAGAAUGAACAACUUAAAACGUUUUUCUAGCUUUAUUAAGGUGGUUGUACCUUACCUUGUGAAUGAAUAAUAAAUUUGUUACAGGAAACAACAGAUUUAGUCAAAAUAGCGAUCAGAAGCAUUGAAAGAAAGACCUGCACCCGCACUUUCUGAAGUAUUAUUAUUCCAAAUGUUAGUGGCUGUUUGUUAAAUGGAAAGUACUGUUUUAUUUUGCCUUCUCAA